UAAUAAUAAUACAUUUACAAAGGCCACUUCACAGGGAAAUCUGGAUAAGACACAUUGUGAAGACGGUAAAGAAUACAAUUGAUAAAAUAAUAGAGACGUUUGGUUGUAAGGACAGUAAACUCAAUCCGAGUAAAUCUAGUAAAUCCAAGAGGGAGAACAGAGGAAACGAUCACACCAGAGGUCCUAAACUGUGAGUCACAACCCCAUGUGGGGACACCUGAACAUUUUGGGAGAAAAGGGUAAUUUUUUUGUCUCUUGAAAAUGUGUGAAUGUAGGCCACUGCAUGUAGAACAUCAGAACGAUCCAGCUAUAAUAAAGCAGUGAGGCUCGAGGGGCUGGUGGGAUAUCGCCAGUAUAGUCACAGCUAAAGGGUGCUGUUAGGCAGGAAGUAUGUGCGUGGGUGGGAUGUUGGGGGCAUGCAAAAUUGUGAACAUUCAUUUGGGCUUUGGGAACCUCUGGGUAAAACAUUCAAAAAACUAAAUGAUUCUACUCUUGUCAGUCGCAGUCAAAGAAAUAUUGUGCAUGCUGGGUAUUCUCCCUGAGACAGGUCGUAAGGACGAAAAGCCUUGUCUUGAACGUGUUAAGCUGAUCUGCCCCUGUCCAUUCUUUUAUUCUGUGUGAGUGAAACAUCCAACCAUGCAUCCGUUUUCUAAAGCACUUAUACCUGGUCAGGGUCAUGGGGGAGGGUAUCGUAUUGCUGUUCGCUGCACUGCUGUGCAGUUCAUACAAGUGUCUUGGAUGGCAAGAACAUAUUGCAGUGAAAAUAUUUUCAAAUAUAUUACUCAUUUUAUUAUUAUUGAACGCCCCUUGUAGUGGAGGUUUUGGCACAGUGGACAUGUGAACAUGUGGUUCUUGAGGUUUGGACGAGAGACUCGUGUCUUGUACAGGCGACAGAACAGGACUCGCCCAGUCUUCAAAAGAUAAACAUGCACAAGCAGCAAAAUACAAAAACGUUUUUCUUUGAAAGAUGAUCAGGGCCCGAUGGCCUUCUGUAGGUACAGGUGGCCUGUAUUAUGUCAACGGUAAGAAGCAUGAGUUUCAGUGUAGAUGGAAUCUUUUGGAAAUUUUGUGAGUCUCCGUGCUCAGCAACGACACUCAUGGCGUUUAAUGUGAUUUCUGCUCACAGCCACUGUACUUCCCCUUUUUGGCUCUGCAGUGGUGAACAGGAAGCGCAGGAGGAAGUUAUUUUAUUUUGGUUGUUCUUUUUUUCUUUUUCUCAGUCUCUUCAGAGCGCUCGGUGGCCUGUGCCUUGUCUUACUUUCUUGCCUUCUGAACGAAUUUUUCAUUUUCACGUUGUUUAUUUUUUUGUUUGUCAGUGGAUUAGGGGGGUAUCGAGGAGGGUGGGAGGGAGGUUGGGGUGCACUUUCAGGACUUGGAUUAUCCCGGCCCGUUUUUCUGGAAGCGUUCCUGACCGCCUCGCCUUGCUUUCAGGGGGCCCCCGUACCUUCGCACCAGACGUGAUUUAGCAAGAGGAAGCAUUUAGCGCUGCUAGCUAUCAGCAAGCCGCCUCUCCCUUUUCGUCAUCACCACUCGGUCGUUUUCAAUGCCCGCGGUGGCGUAACAUCAUCCUAGCCUCUGUGGCGCACGGACCUAAAGCCCCUCCUCUCGUCUCCUUACCGCGAACGCCAGCUGGGCCCCGCACUUCCUUAGCUCGCAGCGGGAUCGAGAGCAGACUGGGGAGCAUAGCGGCCGGGCACGGGGAGCCAUUUUCUUCGAGGCCUUGGUGUCGAGCGCGACCAGGCGGGAGUAAAUGAGCAGAGAGAGCGCCGCCACUGCCAGGCACUCUUUAGCUUUCGCCGCGGUACGUUUCCUUUUCGUCUCUCCCUCUUUUUUUUCUCCCCACGCGGGGGCCUUCUCUGUCGGGCUCGAGCGGAGAACGACCAGGGAGCAACAUGAGCUUCGACAGCGUGCCAUCCAAGGCGGAGGUGAUGAGCUGGAACCCUCCACAGCUGGCAGACUACCUGAGGAAGAUGGACCUGGGUGGCUGUGACAAGGUCAUCAUGAAGUGCGGAAUGAAUGGGCGAAGGUUCCUGAGCAUGACGGACAACGACGUUCAGAAAUUUCCCAAAAUCCACACCCCGCUCAUCUCUAAAAUCUGCAAGGAAAUUAAUAAGAAAGAAGAAAAGAGGGGAUUCUUUCCAAAAAGAACGGUGCAGAAGUACCCAGAACCAGUCGCUGUUCCAGAGGAUGUUGGCUGGGAUUCGGAAGAGUUUGAUCAAAGCGACGACGACUACGAGAGUCCGGACUCCGGCGGUGGCGAGGGCAGCGGGGGGGACUACGAGUCCCCGGCCGAGGAGGACCCCCAACAGGGAGGUGGGGACAGUGACAACGACUACGAGCCCCCGCCGUCGGAGCCCCCCGACGAACUGCCCCGCCAGAUAUGCCCCGCCAAGCCCCUGGGGGACAGUGACUACAUAGAUAAUACUCGGAAUCGUGGGGUGUCAGUGAAGGUGCCCAACAACCAACCACCCGUCCCCCCCCAGCGACCAGGACCCGGACCCCCCCAAGUCAAUCUCCGCUCGACCCUGCCCGGGCCCCACCCUCCCAGACGAGAACAGUCUCCACAGCGACCCUUCCGGCUACCAAACCAGCCUGCCCCGGGCCCUUCUGCCCCCCAGGUGGAUCGCAGGAAGAAGCCCACCACCCUGGAACGGGGGCUGCCUUGCCUGCCCGCUCCCCCAGAGAGAGAAUCCCCCCUGGCAGAAAGGAAGCCAUUUGGUGUUGGUGAGAGGACUACACCACCAAGAGGUGCCUUCAGACCUCCAGCAAUAGAGAAACCUCCAGAGCCACAGAGGCUGCACAAGCCCCCCAUUCCAGGACCUGGAGUCAGUAGGAGGGUGUCCUCUGUGAGCCAACACACAGCUACCUCCAGACCAUUUUCACAAGAUCACAGAAAUGAUGUUCCGGAUGAAGCAGAGGGUGCCUCCUUCAGCUCCAACACCUUCCCUCUCUCUGUCAGGACCUUGCCCCCCCGGCCAGGGGUCCCCUCAACCCCCUUUGACAGCUUGCCCCCCAACCGUCCAGCCAGUUCAUCGCUGCCCUCCCGGCUCCAGCCAAGUGUAACUGUUCAGCGAUCCAGCUCGAGAGGUCAGGCAGACAGAUGCCCAAGGGUCCCCCUUCCACCCCAGCGACCUUCAGUCCCUGAGCCACAGCCUGAAAGUGAACAGGACCUGAACCCGAUGUGGUACGUGGGCCAGGCCACCCGGGCGGACGCAGAGGGCAAUUUGAGACAUAUCAACCAGGAUGGUACGUUUCUGGUGCGGGACAGUUCGAAAGGCUCGCCCACUCAGCCCUACACCCUCAUGGUUCUGUACCAGGACAAAGUCUACAACAUUCAGAUCCGUUACAACAGUGACGAAGGCGUGUUCCUAUUGGGCACAGGUUUCAAGAGCAGUGAGAACUUCCCGGGGGUGAAUGACAUCAUCAAGUAUCACAUGAAGAUGCCGCUUCUGCUGAUCGACGCCAAAGACCGCCGGUCAGCUCAGCAGCGGCAGUGUCUACUGACCCACCCUGCAGGGUACUGACCGAACACCGCCCCCAACACCGCCCCCUAGCUGCACAAAAAGGAAAGGCAAGAGACACGGAGAGACAAUGUAGAAAUGUCUGUUCUGGGUCGAGUCGUGGACAACCCUUUACCCUAUUAAAAGGACAAAGCCCACUUAAGAAUUGUUGGACAUGCCACCUUUUAACAUAUGAGAUCUGUGAUGGCUGCCCAGGGUGUGGUGUCAAAGGAUGCCAGGAGGGGGCGCACUCAUUUAAAACAUGGCACUGAAACAAACCCCUUAACCUCCUGUCAUAGUCUAUGAUUAUUUAAUGUUUUGUUUAGUUUUUUUUAACCAAGUAUUAUUAUGUUUUUAGCUUAAGUUGAUUUAUCAGGUUAAUUUUGUGACAGCUUGUGUAGCUGGCUACCCAGGUGUGUGGAGCUGUGGAUCAUUCAAAGUUUGCUGUAUGGGGCUGUUUGUAAAUCACAACCAUUUUGUAGCACCACAUUAUCUCUGAAUGCAACAGGGGCGACGCAUUACAAAUUUUGGUCACACCGAUAGUGCUUCUCACAGCCUAAUUUCUGGAAUCUUACCGUUUUCUUCAAUAAAACUGUGUUUCUGUGCAUGUUCUGUCCUUAAAUUCAGUAAAUUCAGCCCUUAUUUU